AUGGACCGGAUCCUCCGGGCCAGCCAAACUGUGCAUGGCACAGGGAACGAUGGGUCAGCAUCUCUAAUGAAAACACCCCCGGCCUGUGGGUGUUUCAAGCCCAAAGGUUUUUACCUGGGGGCAAACCACUGCCGGACUAGUGGGAACCGAGCUUUGUGCAGGUUUGUGUUAGCAUCGCUCCAGCCGAGCUGUUAUUUUAUUGGCUGGUGGAGCGCUAGCAAAGCAGCUCUGUUCGGCAGCAAGACACACAAGGCAUCGGGAGGGGAGCAGCAGCCGUGGCCACUGGUGAGAAUAAACGGAGGACGCACCAAGCAGCUUCCCAGGGAGAUGGCUGAGCCGAAGAGCGAUUUCUUCAGCAACCUGUGGGGUUCGAAUGAGUCCAACGUGACAGCUGCACCUUGGACAGCAGGCACCAGGGAAAUGGAAGACCACAGUAGCAUCGUCCUCCCUGUCAUUUUUGGCAUAAUUUGCCUGGUGGGCACUGUAGGGAACAGCAUUGUGAUCUACACCAUCACCAAAAGACCCAAGAGAAACCACAACACUGCAGAUGUCUUCAUCGUGAGCCUCUCCAUCACAGACCUCCUGUUCCUGCUGGGCAUGCCCUUGCUUAUCCACCAGCUCCUAGGGAAUGGGGUCUGGCUUUUCGGGGCUACCAUGUGCACCAUCAUCACUGCUUUAGAUGCCAACAGCCAGUUCGCCAGCACGUACAUCCUCACGGCAAUGGCCAUUGACCGCUACCUGGCCACAGUACACCCCAUCCGCUCUGCCUACAUGCGCACCCCCUGCACAGCCGCCCUGGUGAUCUUGCUGCUCUACCUGCUGUCUCUCCUAACCAUUGUGCCGGUGUUCAUGUACACCCAGUCCAUUGUUCUGCCUGGCAGCAAAGCUGGGUGUGGCAUCAUCCUACCCAACCUCUCAGUUGAUAUCUAUUGGUACACGCUGUACCAGUUCUUCCUGGCUUUUGUCAUCCCGCUUUCAGUCAUCUGCAUUGUGUACCUCAAGAUACAGAAGCACAUUUCAUGCAAGGUGCUGCCGCUGCCCCAGAGAAACUUCCGAGCCAGAACUAAGAAGAUCAUGCGGAUGGCAAUAACCAUCUGCUCUGCCUUUUUUAUCUGCUGGGCGCCCUAUUACAUCCUGCAGUUGGUCCAUCUCAAAGUCACCCAGCCCUCCAUUAUGUUCCUCUAUGCCUAUAAUGUAGCUAUCAGCUUGGGUUACGCAAGCAGCUGCAUCAACCCAUUCAUAUACAUUGUAUUGAGUGACACUUUCCAAAGGAACCUGGUGAAGGCAAUCUGCCCAGGCCAGCAGGCCAGAAGAGGUGACAGACAUGCCCCUGGGAAAGUCAGUCCCUCUGUGAAAAUAAGUCCUGGGCCAAAUCAGGAGACCGAUCUUAGCAUGACAUACGCUCAUAAUAUAGACAAUUGUAUCGCUCUCUCGGUCAUGGUUCCUUAG